CGCAUUUCUUUUUUGUUGAUCGGAGGACUUCAGGUCUCCCACUAAGUCCAAGAGAAGCCAAGACAUCUUCAAUAGUAAAUUAGCUAUGCCUUGGACUCUUGUCUGUUCUAGUUGGCUCCCACCACGCUUGGUUCACUGAACGCGCCAGAAAGCUCACAGCAUCAUCGGCCGGAGCAUCGGAGCCCACUAUUCGAAGGUCAACGAGGUCGUCGCUUCCCCAUCUUUUAGGGUCUGCGAACACCUGGUUUCGGAGCAGGACGGCGGCCGAGAUGGAGGUUCAAAUGGUUGGGGGAGCCAAUCUCAACCCCAUGAGCGGUCACGCCAACCACCACCAUGUAGUCACGGUGGCAGAGCGCGACUGGUCAUCCGUAGUGCACCGGAGGCUCAGCCAGAGGCCGACCCGUCUGAAGCAUUCAGCCGGCAAUUACUCCUGCUGCAUCUUUAGGGUCCCUGGGACCCUCUCCGAGCUCAACCCCAAGGCCUACAAGCCCCGCAUCGUGUCCAUCGGCCCGUACCACCAUGGGGAAGAGAAACUCCAGAUGAUCGAAGAGCACAAGCCACGGUUCUUCUCCGCUCUUCUCGCCCGAACCAGAAGCUUUGGAGUUGAUUACAACGAGUACUUCAAUGCCGUCGCGUCGAAGGAAGAGGAGAUUCGAGACUGUUACUCUGAGCCGCUCAACUUCGGGAGCUCGGAGCUGAUCGAGAUGAUGGUCCUCGACGGCUGCUUCAUCAUUGAAGUGUUCCGAGUGAUCGAGAGCAGAGUAGCACCCGACCCAGACGAUCCGAUCUUCAACAUGUUGUGGCCGUUCACUUCGUUCAUGCGCGACUUCCUCCAUCUUGAGAACCAAGUGCCCUUCUUCGUCCUCGAAAUGCUCUACGAUAUGUCGAAGCCCCCCAACGAGCCCCAGUGCUCCCUUGUCGAGGUCGCUUUGCGGUUCUUCAACUACGGAGUGCAGCGGCAGCCAGAGGUCCUCGAGAAAUACUACCAAGUCUCAGAUGUCAAGCACUUGCUCCACCUGAUCCAGCUGAGCCUUAUUGACCUCCCUUUGGGAACGCCGAGGGCAUCUGACAGCGAGUAUCUGCAGCUGGUCCACUCAGUGACAAAGCUCCGCCGCGCGGGAAUCAAAUUCAAGCCGAGGAAGUGUGACGGGUGGCUCGACAUUCAGUUCAACAACGGAGUGCUCGAGAUUCCCCCGCUGACGAUCGACGAAUUGACCAGUUCCUUCUUCCUCAACUGCGUCGCAUUUGAGCAGUGCUACUGCUACUGCUCGCAGCACAUCACUAGCUACGUGACCUUCAUCGGUUGCCUCAUGACCUCUGCGGACGACGCCAGCUUCUUAUCGGAUCACCAAGUGCUGGAGAAUUACUACGGGACCUACAAAGAAGUUGCGCGCUUCUUCAACGACUUAGGGAAAGACGUGGGGUUUGAUAUUGGGAGGAGCUAUUUGGCCGGAGUGAUGGAGGACCUGAACAGGUACUAUAGGAGCCGGUGGCGCGUGCGGUGGGUGGGAUUGAAGCGCAAGUACUUUGGUACUCCAUGGUCUUUUAUUUCGGCACUGGUGGCCGCCCUGAUUCUAGUGCUCACUUUCAUUCAGUCUUUCUUUGCGCUUUAUGCAUAUGUGCGUCCUCCGAACUAACGAGAGCAGUUUGGGUCUGUAUGUUUCCCGGGUUCGGCAUCUGCAAUGGAAUUCAACUGCUGAGUUGUGUCAUUA